AUGUCGGUUCGAGACACUAUUAUUGAUUUGGCACAUGAUCAAGCGAAAGUUGCACAAUUGAAACAUCACGCUAGAUUGACUGAUAAACAGUGAGUUUCGAAAAAUUUUGGUUGAUGUUUUGGCACCAAAAAUCUACUCGGAUCCAUUUUAAUGGUCAAUUAUUAAACAAAAAUCUGAAAAUAUUCUUUUCCAGAGUUUAUCUUUGGACGAUUGAAGGGCUUGCGAAAAAAGGAAAAAUGGAACAACUUUUUGAUAUGGCGCAGAAAAAAUCGCCGGUUGGAUAUGCUGUGAGUUGGUUUUUUGAGUUAUGACGUGGAAAAACGUAAAUUGUCAGACUGUGCUUGUUUUUUUGGAUCUAAUUUCCCAUAAGUUUUUCUCUAGACUUUCCCAAAAAUAAAAGUACACCGGAAAUUAAUAAAUGGAACCUAAAAUUAACUACUAUCGAAUAUAGAAGCAUAAAAAAUUUUCAAAUGUUCAAUGAGAGAAUUUUAGAUUCCCGAAAGUUGAAAAAAUUCAAUCUCUCAAAAAAACUUUGAAUAUCGAAUAUUUCCUAAAAAAGCCAAAAUUUGAACUUUUUUCUUAAAAACCAUAUUGUUUUCCACGUCAUAGCUCUAGCUUUUUAUGUAAUAAAAAUUCAAAUUGUUCCAGCCAUUUGUAAAAGCUUGUGUGAGAUAUAAGCGAUUCGACGAAGUCAAAAAAUACAUGGCAAAAGUGAAUGGAUAUAAUGAUUUGAUUGCUGCAAAUUUAGCUAUGAAGUGAGUGUUUUUUAGGCUUAUGGGGAAUUUAAUAGGGCGAAUACUUUACUGAAAAUUGGAGCAUAAUAACUCCCAAAAUUCCAGGAAUUUCAGACAAAUUUUAAUCAGUUAUUUUUUGAAUCAAAGAUAGCUUAUAAAAAAUCCUUUUCCUCUAAUAUAUUUUUGACCAAAAUUAGGAACUACGUGGAAGCGGCAAAAAUGGCAUUCGACAGACGAGAUCGUGAAAUGUUGCACUCAAUUUUCCUGAAAUCACACGAGGAUAAAAUUCAGUAUGAAAAAGUUGUCCAGAUUUGGAGAACUCCCUAGAUUUUUGUAUAUAGGCUUUUUUUUUGAUAAUUUGUGAUAUGUAAUUAUUUAUUUAUGCAGAAUUUUUAUUGGAAUUUUGAAGUUUUAUGUGAUUUUUUGUUAGAGUCUCUUUGAGAUCUCUGAAAAUAUCUACCUCGAAAUUGAAAAUUCAGAAAAAUAUGUUUUCCAAUUUUAGAUGAGUAAACUGUGGUCUUGCACCGAAACGGUGUUGAAUGGCGGAAUUAAAAUGUUUUUGUAUUCGUCGAAAACUUCGAAAUUACGGGUUGCUGUUGGAGAAGUUCCGGGACCAAUGGUACAUGGAAGUGUUUCAUUUGGUGGGUUUUUGAGAAGCUGCGGGGGUUCUAGAUUUUGGCAAAAAUUCGGAAAGUUAAAAAAAAUAUCAGAAAAUUCAAGUUUGGCCUGAAAAUCUGAAUUUUGAAUAUCAAUAAAUAAAUAAAACUUCCACCUUUUUUCCAGUUACUGAAGCUGACAGUGAUGAUGGAUUACCUCACACAUUGGAGCAUUUGGUAUUUAUGGGUAGUAAAAAAUAUCCAUUCAAAGGAGUUUUGGAUGUAAUUGCGAAUCGAUGUUUGGCUGAUGGAACUAAUGCUUGGACUGAUACUGAUCAUACUGCAUACACUUUGAGUACUGUGGGUUUAUUUGAAUUUAUAUGUACAUUUUAGUAUAUAUCAAUUUUUAGGUCGGAAGCGAUGGAUUUUUGAAAGUUCUACCGGUUUAUAUCAAUCAUUUGCUUACUCCAAUGUUAACUGCUUCUCAAUUUGCUACUGAAGUUCAUCACAUUGAUGGAAAGGGAAAUGAUGCGGGGGUUGUUUAUUCGGAAAUGCAAGAUCAUGAAUCAGAAAUGGAAUCAAUUAUGGAUAGAAAAACGAAAGAGAUGAUCUAUCCUCCUGGAAAUCCAUAUUCAAUUGAUACUGGCGGACGAUUGAAAAAUCUGAGAGAUUCAUGCAGUUUGGAAAAAGUGCGAAAUUAUCACAAAAAAUAUUAUCAUUUGUCAAAUAUGGUUGUAACUGUUUGUGGAAAAGUGAACCAUGAGCAACUUUUGAAAAUUAUGUCAGAAGUUGAACAGGAACACGCUUCAACAAUUCCUGAUCAUUUUCCAAAACCAUUUUCGAUUGCGCCAUGUGAGAUCAAAGAAUCGAGAGUUGAAAAAGUGAUUUGUCCGAGUGAUGAUGCGACACGUGGAAGUGUGGAAAUUGCUUGGUUUGCACAUAGUCCAACUGAAUUAGAAGUUCAUUCUGCACUUCAUGUGCUUUUCGAUUAUUUGAGCAAUACUUCGGUUGCACCGAUUCAGAAGGAUUUUGUUUUGUUGGAUGAUCCAUUGGCCAGUGGAGCGUAUUUUCAUGUGGCGGAAGGGGUAAGGAUUUUUAAGAUGAAUUUGAAAAAUCAGAUUUUCAAAAAAGUGGUUCCGAAUUUCAAAACCUUCAUGAAAAAUAUUAUUUUUCAUCGAUACAAACUUAUGUAUAUGAGAAGUUUUGUAUUAUAAUUUCAAUCUAGAAUUUUUUAUAGUACCUGAUUUUUAAAAGAAACAACUAUCAAUCUAAACAAAACCCCUCAAUCUUACAGGUUCGCUGCGAUCUUCGCCUGAAUUUCACCGGAGUUCCAAUCGAAAAAUUGGAACUCGUCGCACCAAAAUUCUUCGAUAAACUUGUUCGAGAACACUUGGAAGAAUCGAAAUGGGAUAUGGAAAGAAUGGGUUUCCUCAUUGAUCAAACUAUCCAAAAUGAGUUGGUGAAACUAGAAACAAAUGCGCAAAAAGAUAUCAUUUCGCAUGUUAUUGGUCGGUUAAAAAAAAAAAGAAACCACACCAUUUAAUUAUUUUCCCAUUUUAUAGGUCAUCAAUUAUUCGAUGAUUGGGAUAUGAACCUUUUCCAACAACGAAUCAAUGAAGUUGAUUAUUUGAAAAAAUUGAAAUCCGAACCGGCUAGUUUUUGGUGUGGACUUGUGAAGAAGUUCUUCACCUCUCCAAAUGCUACAGUAAUUGGAAUUCCUGAUGAGAAAUUGGUUGAUAAAAUUGCGGAGGAUGAAGAGAAACGAUUGAAUGAGCAACGAAAGAAAUUGGGAAAAGCUGGACUCGAGCAGAAAAAGAAGGAAUUGGAUGCGGCGAUUCAUGAAAAUACGGUAGAGAUUUUUUUUUGAAAUAUGAGAAGGGGGUUCUAAUUUUGAUAAUUAUUUCAGGCGAAUCAUCCAAGUGCUGAAUUGUUGGAUCAAUUAAUUGUGAAAGAAUUGGAAAGUUUUGAUAGAUUCCCUGUUCAAAGUUUGACCAAAUCAUCAUCCUCAUUGACUCCUCAACAAUCUGCAUUCUUGAAUCAAUUCCAAUUCCACGCUAAUCUUCACAAUUGUCCAACAAAAUUCGCUGAAGUCUUCGUUCUUUUGGAUUCAUCGAAAUUGACACAAGAAGAACGUAGUCUUCUUCUUCUUUAUAAUGAUUUGUUAUUCGAAUCGCCUGCAAUUAUCGAUGGUGUCAAAUAUUCGGCUGAAGAAGUCGCAAAAUUAUUCACCAAAGAUUUGAUUGAUCAUUCGAUUCAAGUUGGUGUUUCGGGUCUUUUUGAUCGAUUGGUUUGUUUGCGGAUGAAAGUAGCAGCGGAGAAAUAUGCAAUUCUGGCAAAAUGGACGCAGAUUUUUACGCAGGGUGUUAUUUUCGAUGCAACACGGGUUAAAAUGUCGGCACAGAAAUUGGCGAGUGAAGCGAGAGAGAAAAAGAGAGAUGGGUGUACUGUAGCAUCGAUUGCUAUCGCUUCAAUGGUUUAUGACAAAAGUUGGUUUUUUUCUGGGAAAUUUAGGGGAUUUCAAGUUUUGCAAACCGAAACAUGCUCGAAAUUCUUAAUUUGCAGACAGCAAUCCAAUAAUGUAUGACGAAUUAGUUCUCGAAAAAAUUCACGAAAAAAUCGCCAAAGAAUGCUCGAAAAAACCGGACGAAGUUAUCGCGAAACUCGAAAAUGUCCGAAAAGCCCUUUUCGCUUCGGGACUCAAUGUUCAUUUUGUGGCUGAUGUUGAUUUGAUUGAUAGAAAUCAGAUGAAACCGGAACUUUGGAAUUGGGUGAAUGAAGAUUCGAGAUUUGGAAAAGGAGAACAAUUUAAGGUAAGAGUUAUUCUUUAUUAAUAUUUAUUCUAAAAAUAAGGUUUUCUAGGCAAGCUGUGGUGAAGAUGUGAAUUCGACACUUGGACGACAAUUAUUGAUUGGUGUUGGUGGAUCUGAAUCGAGUUUUAUCUAUCAGACUGGAUUCUUUGAUGCCGAUUGGACUUCGGAUUCAUUGAUUCCAGCGAUGGUUUUCGGACAAUAUUUGAGUCAAUGUGAAGGUUUGUUUCACAGAAUUAAAAAACAAACCUAAUUCACCCCAUAACAUUCUAGGACCACUUUGGCGCGCAAUUCGUGGAGAUGGUCUUGCAUACGGUGCCAACAUUUUUGUCAAACCCGAUCGCAAACAAAUUACACUUUCACUUUAUCGUUGUGCUCAACCAACUGUUGCCUAUCAAAGAACUAAAGAUAUUGUCAAAGAAAUUGUGGAAAGUGGAAAAAUAUCGGAAGCUGAAUUUGAGGGAGCUAAAAGAAGUUUGGUAUUUGAAAUGAUGAAACGAGAGGGAAAUGUGAGCAGCGCUGGAAAAUUGAGCAUUUUGAACAAUUUUAGACAAACACCACAUCCUUAUAAUAUGUAAGUUAUCUAUUUUUGGGAUUAAAAUUCGCAUUCAAAAAUUUUGCAGCGAAUUGUGUCGCCGUAUCUGGAACAUGACAUCCUCUGAAAUGGUGAAAAUUGGUGGACCACCAAUGUCGAAAAUAUUCGACGAACCAAAUUAUGCUCGAUCCAUCGCUGUUCAUCCAUCGAAAAUCAAAGAAAUGAAGGCAUCUUUCCCUGGAAUCGAAUCAAUCAACAUCUCGCAUCUACAGUAUGACAAUUCGAAGUGA